AUGUUCAGUGGCUCCUCGAGCCCACCCAAAGACAAGACAGAUUCCAUCGCUCGUUCAGGUGCCAUUGACACGCCUCCUUUGAGCAUCCACACCGAGGAAGCCAGUGUCAGCCAGAAGAAGUCCUCUCCUCCUGGCGGCUUUUUCACCCGGCGGACCAGCGAGGACCAGAACAACCCUGGUGGCGAGAAGAAGCGCCGGAGUAGCACCGUCACCAAAGCAGCAUCCUUCUUCACCAGCGCUAAGAACUCCCUUAGCCUAUCGAGCAGUCCGCGCGAGAACUCCUUCAACAAUUACACCAUCCAAGAACAGCCUACGUUGAACAGGCUUGGGAGCAUGGACCCAGCUUUGAGUGUUCCCCAAGGGUCGUUAAAUAAUUCGGCUGGAGAAUCCCUCCCCACUUCUCGUUCUUCAUUCAAAGUUGGCGUGACGGAAGACCGGAAUCGAAAAUGUCGCCGGACUAUGGAAGAUACCCAUGCCUACCUCUACAAUUUCUUGGGGACCCCCGCACCUUUAGCCCAGGCUGAGAACAAUGGCAAAGCUCUCCCGAAGCCCCCCGCUACCGUCGUGGAAACCGACAAUGGUUAUUUCGCUAUCUUCGAUGGACAUGCAGGCACCUUUGCGGCGGAAUGGUGCGGGAAAAAGCUGCAUCUCAUCUUGGAAGAUGUCAUGCGGAAGAAUCCCAACACACCUGUCCCAGAACUCCUGGAUCAAACGUUUACCAGCGUAGACCAGCAGCUGGAGAAACUGCCUUUGAAGAACAGUGGUUGUACUGCGGUCAUUGCCCUCCUCAGAUGGGAAGACCGUGUACCCAGUCUGCAUUCUGCAACGGGGUCGGCUGCCCUUGCACCUGCCGCUGCCGCUGCCUCGAAGGGCGACGCCGAUUCGGAUGCAGGCGAUACGCCUACUCAGGCCGCCGUAUCAGGUGGUGCGGCAUCUAUCCUUCCCAAACUACAGGAGAAAUCCCUCCGCCAGCGUGUCCUCUACACUGCUAAUGUGGGAGAUGCCCGCAUUAUCCUCUGCCGUAACGGCAAGGCACUCCGCUUGUCGUAUGAUCACAAGGGAAGCGAUGAGAACGAGGGGAAACGGAUAGCUAAUGCAGGCGGACUAAUAUUGAACAAUCGCGUCAAUGGAGUGCUUGCCGUAACUAGAGCCCUUGGUGACGCUUACCUCAAGGAUCUGGUAACUGGACAUCCGUAUACUACCGAAACAGUGAUACAACCCGACUCAGAUGAGUUUAUCAUCCUCGCCUGUGAUGGUCUCUGGGAUGUGUGUAGCGACCAAGAAGCGGUAGAUCUUAUCCGCAAUGUGCAUGACGCUCAGGAAGCAUCUAAGAUUCUGGUCGACCAUGCUCUAGCGCGGUUUAGCACCGAUAACCUUUCCUGUAUGGUAAUUCGCUUUGAUUCUGACCGGGUGAAGGAUGUCAUCAACCGGACCGUGGAGCCUAUUGGCGUGGAUGGGGAUCCUUCUUCGAAUGUGGAUCGCGGGAUGAGCGAGGCCGACAAGAUCAUUGAGGGCGCCAGGAAGAGCAUGGCCAGUGCGGGAAUUGCAGAUGAUCCGGCGACGGCCGCUAAGGCACAAGAAGAGAUUCUGCAGAAGAUGUCGAAUGACGAGCCUGGGCCCGAGCUUUCCGUCAACGAGCACAGCCAUGAGCACGUGGUGAACAACUUGAAAAAGCCCGAGCCGAAGAACCCGAGUUCUUAA